AGAGAGAGAGAGAGAGAGAGAGAGAGAGAGAGAGAGAGAGAGAGAGGAGGAGGAGGAGGAGGAGAAGCAGGAGGAGCGGGAGGAGCAGGAGAAGGAGCGGGAGGAGCAGGAGAAGGAGCGGGAGGAGGAACAAGGGGAAGAGCAGGAGAAGCAGUGGGAGAAGGAGGAGCAGGAGGAGCGGGAGGAGCAGCAGGAGGGGGAGCGGGAGAAGGAGUGGGAGGAGGAACAAGGGGAAGAGCAGGAGAAGCAGUGGGAGAAGGAGGAGCAGGAGGAGCGGGAGGAGCAGCAGGAGGGGGAGCGGGAGACGGAGAGGGAGGAGCAGGAGGAGGAGCGGGAGGAGGAGCGGGAGGAGGAGCGGGAGGAGCAGCAGCGGGAGGAGGAACGGGGGGAAGAGCGGGAGAAGCAGCGGGAGGACGAGCAGGAGGAGAAGCAGGAGGGGGAGGGAGAGAAGGAGAGGGAGGAGGAGCCGGAGGAGGAGCGGGAGGAGGAGUGGGAGUGGGAGGAGGAGCGGGAGAAGGAGGGGGAGGAGGACGAAGUUGGAGCGGGAGGAGCGGGAGGAGCGGGAGGAGGACGGAGUUGGAGCGGGAGGAGCGGGAGGAGGACGAAGUUGUCGUGGAGGAGGAGCGGGAGGAGCAGCGGGAGAAGGAGCUGGAGGAGGAGCGGGAGGGGGAGCGGGAGAGGGAGCGGGAGGAGGAGCGGGAGGAGGAGCGGGAGGAGGAGCGGGAAGAGGAGCGGGAGGAGGAGCGGGAGGAGGAGAGGGAGGAGGAGCGGGAGAAGGAGCGGGAGCGGGGCUAUGGCGGGAUCUUUGUCACAUUGUUUGGCGGAGGACGAGCGGGAGGAGGAGCGGGACGAGCAGGAGAAAGAGCGGGAGAAGGAGCGGGAGGAGCGGGAGAAGGAGUGGGAGGAGUGGGAGAAGGAGCGGGAGGACGAGGAGCGGGAGGAGGAGUGUAUACACAUCUAGAUACUGGUACAAAUGCUGCCUGAUAGUACACUAAAAAAUGAAAAGGAAAGCAUCAUACUCUGAUCCAUGCUUCUUGCUCUGGUUAACGCCCUUGU